CCGUUUGACAGUUUGACGUUUAAAACGCCGAAACUCAACAAACAGAAAAAAAUGGCUGCACUGAAGACCGAAUUAGAAACUGAAGAAAAACGUGACGAAAACGAUCAGGAAAAUGAGAUCGAGGACGUAAACGGCACCGCCGAGGGAGCAAAGAAGAACAAAAAGAAAAAGAAGAAAAAAAAGCCCACCAGUACAGAAAAUGCGGAUGCAGGUGAUCAGCAAGACGCCGAAGCGAAUGAGGAGAAUGGGGUCCAAGAAACCCCUGAGGGUGCCGGUGAAGGUGAGAAGAAGAAAAAGAAGCGCAAUAGAAGAAAAGGGGGUAAACCGACCCAAACUGAUCCUCCAUCUCUGGCUAUAGCCGAUCUCUUUCCUGACAAUGUCUUCCCGAUCGGGGAAAUCAUGGAGUAUCCUAUUGUCAAUGAUGAUCGUACAGCCAAGGAUAGGUUUACAUCAGAGGAAAAGAGAGCCUUGGAUAGGAUGCAUAAUGAUAUUUAUAAUGAAGUUCGUUUGGCUGCAGAAGCUCACAGACAGACUCGAAAACAUAUUCAAAAAUGGAUAAAACCUGGCAUGACAAUGAUCCAGAUUUGUGAGGAACUUGAAAAUACUGCCAGGAAACUUAUAGCGGAAGAUGGGCUUAAGGCUGGAUUAGCUUUUCCCACAGGUUGUUCAAGAAAUCAUUGUGCGGCUCAUUACACCCCAAACGCCGGCGACCCGACCGUUUUAGAAUACGAUGACGUGGUUAAGAUCGACUUUGGUACCCACAUAAAUGGCAGGAUAAUCGACUGUGCAUUUACCCAUACAUUCAAUCCGAAAUACGACAAACUGGUCGAGGCAGUAAGGGAUGCCACCAAUACCGGAAUCAGAGCGGCCGGUAUCGAUGUGCAACUGUGUGACAUCGGAGCCGCGAUCCAAGAGGUGAUGGAAUCCUACGAGAUCGAUUUGGAUGGAAAAACUUAUCAAAUUAAAUCCAUUAGGAACCUGAAUGGACACUCCAUUUCUCCGUACAGAAUACAUGCAGGUAAAACUGUUCCAAUUGUAAAAGGUGGUGAAGCAACUGUUAUGGAGGAAAACGAGUUUUAUGCCAUCGAGACUUUCGGAUCUACUGGAAGGGGCGUGGUGCACGAUGACAUGGAAUGUUCUCAUUAUAUGAAGAAUUUCGAUGUCCCAUAUGUGCCAUUACGUUUACAAUCCUCGAAAUCCCUCCUGAACAUCAUCAACAAGAACUUUGGCACGCUGGCCUUUUGUAAGCGAUGGCUGGAUCGUGCGGGCGCGACCAAAUACCAGAUGGCGCUGAAAGACUUGUGCGACAAGGGUAUAGUCGAAGAUUACCCACCCUUGUGCGAUAUUAAGGGUUGCUACACCGCUCAGUUUGAACACACCAUUUUACUAAGACCGACUUGUAAGGAGGUGGUCUCGAGAGGUGACGAUUACUGAUGAAGUUUUGGUUUUUGAGUCCAAUUUUAUGAUUAAACUCGGCAAUUAAUAAUGCGAUAGUUUGAUUGUGAAAAUGGCCGUAAUAUGCGUUAUCAUAUAAAUUUUUUAUAAAUUUCAGUGUUAAUUUUAUAUGGAAUUGUUUGAGGGAUUGGGAAUAAUUGUGUUGUCGCUUAAAUAAAGUGGGAUUGUGAAUUUUUUUUCUUUUUUGCUCGUUAAUAUCAAGUUAACACUUAGCGACAAAUUCUUAUGGUUUAUUGUUAUUGUGUACAUACCUUAUGUAUGAAGCAUAAAACUGCGAAAGCAGACAUUUGAUGUAUAAACCGUUUAGAGUAAAACGAGAAAAACCGUUCGAAAGAUCAUAGUUUUGACCUAAUAAACUUCCCGUUUUCACCAACUUGUAUCACUCAUAAAAAUAUUGAUACUUUAAAAAAAAAAUAGAUAUGUCUGCUUUUGCAUGUAUAAGAAUAAAGUUUAAAAAAAAGUU